AUGUAUGCAACAAAACGUCGAAGAAGAAAUACAAAAAACUAUAAAAGUCCAUUAAAAGAAAAUCAAAAAUCUAACCCUAGUAAACGUCAUCGUGAAAGACUAAAUGGUGAAUUAGAAAAUUUAGCCAGUUUAUUACCAUUUGAUCAAAAUAUUUUAACAAAACUUGAUAAAUUAUCAAUAUUACGAUUGGCUGUCAGUUAUUUACGAGUCAAAUCCUAUUUUCAAGUCAAAUUGAAAAACUACCAUUAUCAACCUGAACCAUCGACAAUCUAUCAAGAAAUCUAUUAUCACGAUCCUACAUUUUCAGAAGGUGUUGCAAUUUUAGAGACACUACAAGGAUUCAUAUUGAUUAUCAGUUGUGAUGGUGAAUUGUUUUAUGCAUCAAAAACGGUCGAACAAUAUCUUGGCUUUCAUCAGUCAGAUAUUAUUCAUCAAAGUGCAUUUGAAUUAAUUCAUUCCGAAGAUCGAGAAGAAUUUAAAAGACAUUUACAAUGGAAUGGAAAAUUAACCAGUGAACAGUCCAAUAUGACUAUAACACAAUUAUUUUCAAAUCCAGAAAAUGCACAUUUACUUGAAAGAAGUUUUACCGUAAGAUUUCGAUGUUUAUUAGACAAUACAUCAGGAUUUGUGACACUUGAAAUUGAUGGAAGAAUUGGCAUACUUCAUGGACAAAAAACACAACAAACUGAUGAUUCACAUACUCUAGCUUUGUUUGGUGUUGCAUGUCCAUUUGGACCACCAUCACUAUUUGAAAUACCACAACGUGAAAGUUUAUUUAAAAGUAAACAUCGACUUACAUUAGAACCUAUCUCACUUGACCCAAGAGGAAAAUUAAUUUUAAACUAUACGGAUCAUGAUUUAUCACAAUUUUCGGGUUAUCAACUUAUUCAUCCCGAUGAUCUUAAAUAUUAUUCGACAGCUCACAAAGAAUUACUGAAAACUGGUACAUCGGGUCUUGUCUGUUAUCGUAUUCAAACAAAUGAUGGUCGUUGGCAAUGGUUACAGUCAUCUAUGCGUAUUAUAUACAAAAGUAAUAAACCAGAUUGUGUUAUUGCCAAUCAUAGACCGUUAACGAAUGAAGAAGGACAAGAAUUAUAUUAUAAACGUGGUUCUGAAUUUAAACUACCUUAUCCGUGUUUAUAUGAUUUUGAUACGACUUUUAAUUUGAAUGGUGGUGGUAUGAAUCCGUCGACAGGUGCUGAGAAUGAUUUUGUUGUUUUUAAAUCAUCCAAUAAGGUACAAAAUCCGACAAGAAAUCGAAAAUGUAAACCACAAUUAUUGAAACAGCCAACAUUUUCACCCAAUGGAUUUGAUCAUCCAAUUGUAAAUCCUUAUACUCCAUACAUGAAUGGUUACAAUGGCUGUUAUCCUUAUUCAGAUAGUCAUGGUUUUAUUGAAACAACGACCGAUAAUUCAUCCAUUCGUUAUCCAACAGCAAAUGAUUUGCUACAUUUGGAUGUUGCUGAAAAGUCAAUAUAUAAUAAUUAUUAUUUGAAUGGUUAUACAUCAAUGUCUCCGUAUACAGCCGCUGCCGCAUACAACAAUAUUCUACUCAAUCCAACAAAAUACAAUAACUACUAUCACUAUAAUACCAAUAAUUAUACCACACCACCUCAGACUCGAACUCAUUCGUACGUCGACUCAACAUCUUCUUCUCCACCAACAGCCUCUUCAUCAUACACCGAUCGUCUUUCUCACUUAAAUCCCCUAGCUGAUACGAAUACAUUGACUAAUAUCGAUUAUAUGACACCAUCAGACAGUAUGGGACUAUAUAACUCAUUAUAUUAUCGUCCAUCAUCAUCAAAUGAUUAUUACAAGAGAUCAUCACCACCAACGUAUAAUAAUAACAGUACAACAGGAGGAAAUAUUAGUAAUGGUGGACUAAAAACAAAACAUGCACAACAACACAUGAACAACGGUCAAAACAGAACAAUAACAAAUAAUAACUAUAAUACAAACAGUGACAAUAUAAUUAUCACGGGUGCAGCAUUGCCACCACAUUCCGUUAUCAAACAUUGUAGUCAGUUGUUGUUAGAACAACCGCGCGUUGAAGAUGAAUUUCUAAACAAUUAUGAUACAAUAUGGCUAUGA